AUGGAAGGUUGGCUUCCAGAGUGGGCAAAUGUAGAGAACUAUGAGUUGAAAGAAGUAUAUAUUCCUCAGGAUGAAAAAGAAAUAGGGAUAUGUCAAUAUAAUAUACUGACAUCUGGGAAUAAGUUGGAAAAAGAUCAUGAAUGGCUUCUGGAGAACCGAAUUAGAUAUUCCAGAAGAAAUCGUUAUUGCUAUUUUCACUUGGAUAUACGUUUUGGGGAGAUAAGAAAUCCUCAUUAUUGGAGAUAUAUUGGCAUAAUUAAAAUGUACAAAAAGGUUCAAAAUUUGGCUUCUUACUUUAAAGGACGAGAUUAUCUCCUACUAUAUGUGGAUUCCGAUACCAUGAUUUCAAGAUUCACAGUAAGAAUUGAGGAUUUUCAUGAAGUGAUGAAGGAUUCAUUUUUAUGUAUAUCUGUCGAUGAUAAAUGUGAAUUUCAACACUACAUAUUAAAUGUAGGAGUAUUAUUAAUGUCUCUGAAAAAUUUAGAGACCCUAAUGUUUUGUAUUCAGGUAUUGGCUCUGCAGAAAAUUCAGUAUUUGCUACCAUAUUCAUCAGAAUGGAGUAGAUCUGGUUUGAAUGAUCAAAACAUUGUUAUUUCUCUAUUAAAUGAGACAGGGAGAUUGGAUAUUGAAAAAAUACAAAGCUAUUGUUUGAGUAGAAAACAUCUAUUUUGGUCAGGUUCCGAGGAUCAGUGGGUUAAUUUGAAUUUGUCUAAACAAAGCAAAGGAGUAGUAGUUACCCCAAGUAUAUUUUUGAAUCACAUUAUAAGGAUGGAUUAUAUUAUGAAAUUGAACAGGAUGACUAGUAUUUGGCUAGAAAAGGCUUGGAUUAUUCAUUUCAGUGGAUCAAAUAGACUAGAACAAUCCUUCAUGAUCCAGAAGCUCUGCUUAGAGAGAUCCAGAAAGUUUGAGACAAGCCAGAGUUCUCACUUUAAUGAAUGCCCAGAAAGAAUAGAAGAAUUAAUGAAUAAAAAUGAGCUCAAAAAGGUUGAAACUCUCUUUUCAAUAAAUAUGGAUUCACAGCUAGACCCUAAUAACUACAUUGGACAACACUAUCUAGAUUGGAUUAAAAAUCUCAAGCAGACAGAUCUUGGAAUCAAAAACUUAAGUAAUAGAUACUCUAUUCUAAUUGAUAGAAUAAUUAGACUCUUAAAACUGAGCAAAACCAAAAUAUUCACUCAAACCUCAAAAAGAGAAUUAGUUGGAGCAAUUCUACAAUUCACUGAAAACUCAAAUAAAUUUGGAUCAAUCUUCGAACAACUUUAUUCUACAGGAAUAGUAAGUCCAUACAAAACAUUUCUCAAAAAAGUAACUUAA